UGUUGUCUUCUCUCCCAUAAGUCCAAACCAAAUCACUUUUUUUCUUCUUCUUCUUCUUCAAAUCUCUCUCUCUCUCCCUCCCUUCGAUUUCAAUUUCGUAAUCCUUAUCAUCUUUGAAAUCACAGAGAUAGUGAUCGAGACCCCGAGAGAGAGAGAGUUUCUUUUUAUAGCUUUUAUUUUUAUUUUUCUCUAUAAGUUUCGUCGUUUUCAUAUCUCCGGAGCUUCGGUAUUCAGGCAAAAACCCAUUGAAUCGAUUCUGGAUCUUCCGUGGAGCUCAAAGCAAGUUUGAGAGAAAAAAGAACAGAGAUCGUGUUUGGUGGAGGUUCACAGGUGAAUAUUGGGUUCCGGAAAGCUCUUAUUGUUAAGUUGCCUUGAUAGAUGAUAUUUGGUUGAACAAGUAAUCGGAGAAACUCAAGAAAAAAGAUAUGAAAAAGCAUCGGUUUAGAGAAACCUUGAAGUCUUUCUUUGAGCCUCAUUUUGACCAUGAGAAAGGUGAAAUGCUUAAAGGAACAAAAACUGAAAUGGAUGAAAAGGUGAAGAAAAUCUUGGGAAUGGUAGAGAGUGGAGACAUUGACGAAGAUCAAUCUAAAAGAAAAGUGGUUUCAGAGUUAGUGAAUGAAUUCUACAGCGAGUACCAGUCUCUCUAUCGCCAGUACGAUGAUCUAACUGGUGAGAUCAAGAAAAAGGUUGACGGAAAAGGAGAAAGCUCUUCAUCGAGCUCAGACUCCGACUCUGACCGUUCUUCGAAGAGGAAGACCAAGAGAAAUGGAAAAGUAGAGAAAGAUGUUGAGUCGAUAACAGCUGGCUUGAAGCAACAAAUCGAAGCUGGGAAUCUUGAAAUUGCUGAUCUGAAAAGGAAGUUGACGACGAGUGUGGAAGAAAAAGAAGCAGUUAAUUCUGAGCUUGAAGUAGCUUUGAUGAAGUUAAAAGAAUCAGAAGAUAUCAUCAAUAAUUUGAAACUUGAAACUGAGAAGUUAGAGGGCGAAAAGACAACAGCGCUGAGUGAUAGCAGAGAACUACAUCAGAAACUGGAAGUUGCUGGCAAAACAGAAACUGAUCUGAACCAGAAGUUAGAAGAUAUGAUAAAAGAGAGAGAUCAACUUCAAACUGAGAGAGACAAUGGUAUCAAAAGAUUGGAAGAAGCUGAAAAACUUGCAGAAGAUUGGAAAACAACGAGUGACCAGCUCAAAUAUGAAAUUUCUAAUUUCAAGCAGCAGCUAGAAGCAUCAGAGCAGCGAGUUUCGGAUCUGACGAGCGGUAUGAAAAGUGCAGAGGAAGAGAAUAAAUCUCUAUCCCUGAAAGUUUCGGAGAUUUCAGGUGAGAUCGAACAGGCACAGAACACCAUACAAGAACUCAUUUCCGAAUUGGAAGAGAUGAAAGAAAGAUACAAAGAAAAAGAGAGUGAGCAUUCUAGCUUGGUGGAGUUACAUGAGACCCAUGAGAAAGAAUCAUCGGGUCAUGUGAAAGAACUAGAAGCACAAGUGGAAUCAUCAGAGAAAUUGGUUGCAGAUUUGAACCAAAGCCUGAACACUGCAGAGGAAGAGAAAAAACUGCUCUCGCAGAGAAUCUCAGAAAUUACAAACGAGAUUCAACAGGCGCAAAACACCAUACAAGAACUUGUGUCUGAUUGUGGACAGUUGAAAGAGAGCCACAGUGUGAAAGAGAGAGAACUUUUCGGUUUGAGGGACAUCCAUGAGACUCAUCACAGAGAAUCUUCCACCCGAACGAGUGAAUUAGAAGCUCAACUAGAAUCCUCAGAAAAGCGGUUCUCAGAAUUGACAUUGAGUCUGAAGGCUGCAGAGGAAGAAAACAAAGCCAUCUCCUCGAAUAAUGUGGAAACUCUAGACAAGCUCGAACAGGCGCAGAACACGAUACAGGAACUCAUGGCUGAACUGGGAGAGUUAAAAGACCGACACAAAGAGAAAGAGAGUGAGCUUUCUAAUUUGGUGGAGGUACACGAGGCACAUCAGAGAGAUUCAACAAGUCGAGUGAAAGAACUAGUAGAAGUAGUGGAAUCAGCAGAGCAACAAGUUGCAGCUAUGAAACAGAAUUUGAACAAUGCAGAGGAGGAGAAAAAACAGCUCUCUCAGAGAAUUUCAGAGAUCUCUACUGAGAUUCAAGAGGCACAAAACACCAUCCAAGAACUCAUGUCUGAGUCUGGGCAGUUGAAAGAGAGCCACGGUGAGAAAGAGAGAGAGCUUUCUGGUUUGAGGGACAUCCACGAGACUCAUCAAAGAGAAUCAUCCACCCGAGCGAGUGAAUUAAAAGCUCAACUAGAAUCAUCUGAACAGCGGGUCUCAGAUUUGAGUGCGAGUCUGAAGGCUGCAGAAGAAGAAAACAAGUCCAUGUCCUCCAAAAUCUUGGAAACUACGGACGAGCUCAAACUAGCGCAGAACAAGGUACAAGAGCUAACGGCUGAAUUGGCAGAGUCGAAAGAUAUACGCAUACGAAAAGAGAGUGAGCUUUCUAGUUUGGUGGAGGUACACGAGACUCAUAAGAGAGAUUCAUCGAGUCAGGUUAAAGAACUAGAAGCCGUGGUGGAAUCAGCUGAGCAACGAGUUAAAGAUUUGAACGAGAGCCUGAACAGUGCAGAGGAAGAGAAGAAAAUGUUAUCUCAGCGAAUAUCAGAAAUGUCGAAUGAGAUCAAGCAGGCAGAGAACACCAUACAAGAACUCAUGUCUGAGUCUGGACAGUUAAAAGAGAGCCACAGUGAAAAAGACAAGGAAAUAUUCAGUUUGAGGGAUAUCCAUGAGACUCAUCAGAGAGAAACAUCCACCCAUUUAAGUGAUUUAGAAACGCAGUUGAAAUCAUCUGAACAGCGGGUUUCGGAUUUGAGCGGAAGUCUGAAGAUUGCAGAGGAAGAAAACAAAACCAUGUCCACUAAAAUAUCAGAUACUUCAGGCGAGCUUGAUAGGGUACAGAUCAUGUUACAGGAACUCACAGCUGAGUCAAGCAAACUGAAAGAGCAGCUCGCUGAGAAAGAAGGUGAACUUUUACUUCUGACAGAGAAGGAAAGCAAAUCACAGGUGCAAAUAAAAGAACUAGAAGCAACAGUAUCGACCCUCGAGCUGGAGCUACAGUCAGUUCGUGCCCGUACAACAGAUCUUGAGACAGAGAUUGCAAGCAAGACCACUGAAGUUGAGCAACUGGAAGCGCAAAUCAGAGAAAAGGUUGCUAGAAUCUCGGAACUUGAGAAGACAAUGGAAGAGAGAGGAACUGAGCUCUCUGCUUUAACCCAAAAACUGGAGGAUAACGAGAAGCAAUCAUCAUCCACAAUUGAGAGUUUGACAGCUGAGAUCGAUGGCGUACGAGCAGGACUAGAUUCAGCGACUGCUGAAAAGGAAGAGUUGGAGAAACUAAUGGUGAGCAAAGGUGAUGAAGCUUCAAUGCAGAUUAAGGCUUUGACGGAUGAGAUCGUUGGUCUGGGCCAGCAAGUGGUCUCACUUGAGAGCCAGAAAGCAGAACUUGAGAUCCAACUUAAGAUGAAGUCCGAGGAGAUCUCUGGAAAUAUGAGUCAGAUUGCAAAUCUAAAAGAGGAGAUCAUAAACAAGGCCAAAGAUCACGAGAAUGUUCUAGAAGAAAGAAACGGUUUAUCUGAGAAGCUCAAUGGUCUUGAAGUUGAGCUGGAGACUCUUCAGAAACAGAGAAGUGAGGUUGAAGAGGAGCUGAGAAUUAAAGCAGAAGAGGUCGUUCAAAUGCGCGAUAAGAUCAACGAAACCUCUGCUGAAACAAUGGCCUUAACAGAACAGAUCGACAAACUGCAGCAUGAACUUGAUUCUCUACAGGUGAAGAAGAGCGAAAACGAAGCAGAGCUUGAUAGAGAGAAGCAAGAGAAAUCAGAAUUGUCGAAUCAGAUCAUCGAUGUCAAAAGAGCUUUGGUAGAGCAAGAAGCUGCUUACAAUACUCUGGGAGAGGAACACAAACAGAUCAACGAACUUUUCAAAGAACGUGAGGAAACACUCGAAAAGCUAACAGAGGAUCACAAAGAAGCCAAAAGAUUGUUGGAGGAGACAGGUAACGAAGUAACAUCCAGAGAUUCUGCAAUUGCAGGUCAUGAAGAGACGAUGGAGAGUUUACGUAAUGAGCUGGAAAUGAAAGGAGACGAAAUAGAAACUCUCAUGGAGAAGAUCAGUAACAUCGAGGUUAAGCUACGUUUAUCGAACCAGAAACUGAGGGUAACCGAACAGGUACUAACGGAGAAAGAAGAAGCUUUCAGGAGAGAAGAAGCUAAGCACUUAGAGGAGCAAGCAUUGCUUGAGAAAAGUCUCACAGUGACGCACGAGACUUACCGAGGAAUGAUAAAAGAGAUAGCAGAGAAAGUGAACAGAACACUAGAUGGGUUUGAAUCAGUGUCGGGAAGACUCACGGAGAAACAGGGGAAGUAUGAGAAAACGGUGAUGGAGGCCUCGAAAAUAUUGUGGACUGCGACGAAUUGGAUUAUAGAGAGGAAUCACGAGAAGGAGAAGAUGAAGAAAGAGAUGGAGAAGAAAGAGGAAGAAAUAAAGAAGCUUGGAGAUAAAGUAAGAGAAAAUGAAAAGGACAAGGAGACAAUGAAGGAGUCUUUGAUAGGACUUGGAGAAGAGAAAAGAGAAGCAAUAAGGCAAUUAUGUGUAUGGAUCGAUCACCAUAGAGGUCGUUGUGAAUAUCUUGAAGAGGUUUUGUCUAAGACUGCUAUGGGUCGUGGCCAAAGAGUGUCGCAGCGAGUCUAAGACCCCGUGCCCCAUUUUGGGAUUCAGUAUGGUACGCUUGCUUUUCUUUCCCAAUUCCCACAUCACAUCGAUGCACACAACAUAUAUGUGGUUCUUAGGUUUUGGUAUUUGGUCAAUCAAGAAGCUGUCGGGAGAUUAUUUUUCUUUUUUGGUUGGGUACAUUUUGUGAAUUUUGUGUUGGUGCAGUUUUGUUGCAUAUUUGUUUGUCUUUUUGCGUAUUUUUGUUGUUGUUGUUUUAAGUCAAAUUGGUUAAAGUUUGGUGGUGGGUUUCAAUGGGAGUAAAGGGAAUCACACAAAUGAAGUUGAUAUUUUGUUCUGUUGAGGGGUGGGGUUGUAUAGAACGAUUAAUGUUAUUUGGUUUGGUAUUUGUGAUAUAUCAUUUUUUUUGUAAGAACCUUCAAUAUCAUUUUGUUUUUAUCU